AUGGGCUCGUCCCCGGCAUCUGGCGAUCUCCGUCCCCUCGGACCCGCGAUGCUGAGCAGCGACAGUGGGAUGGAAAGUGGGGACCAGCCUUGCAUCCAACUGGAGCCCCUGAAGAGCGCGAGCCUGCCGGGCAACGCCACGCCGACCGACGGCAGCCUCGCGGGCAACAGCCCAAAAGUGACAGCCAACGGGGUGCACGACAUAGAGGACCGGAUUCUGAGGAUCACCGGCUACUACGGCUACAACCCGGGCUACUCCAGUCACAGAAGAGAGGAUGGUUCGGAGUCUCACGCAGAGACACCCGGCAGCGAUACCAGCCAGGAAAGUCACCUCUACCAGACAUGUACCGGCACAGCCCUGAAGGUGCUGGGCGGCCUCCUGAUGGUGCUGUGUGUUUCCUCCUCCUGGGUGGGCACCACUCAGGUCGUGAGGCUCACCUUCCAGUCAUUCUCCUGUCCCUUCUUCAUCUCCUGGUUCAGCAGUAACUGGAACAUCCUCUUCUUUCCCCUCUACUACUCUGGACAUGUAGUAACCACAAGGGACAAGCAGACUCCCAUCCAGAAAUUUCGGGAGUGCAGCAAAUUCUUUGGAGAGGAUGGAAUGACUCUCAAGCUUUUUGUGAAGAGGACAGCACCUUUCUCCAUUCUGUUGACGCUGACCAACUACCUGUAUCUCUUAGCCUUAAAGAAACUGACUGCCACUGAUGUCUCCGCCCUCUACUGCUGCCACAAGGCCUUUGUUUUUCUACUGUCAUGGAUUGUCCUCAAGGACCGGUUCAUGGGUGUCCGGAUUGUUGCAGCCAUAAUGGCCAUCACAGGGAUUGUCAUGAUGGCUUAUGCCGAUGGUUUCCAUGGUGAUUCCUUUGUGGGUGUGGCAUUGGCAGUAGGCUCCGCCUCCACUUCAGCGCUCUAUAAGGUGCUGUUCAAGAUGUUCCUUGGCAGUGCCAAUCUGGGAGAGGUAGCUCAUUUUCUUUCAACCAUGGGCUUCUUCAACCUUAUCUUCAUCUCCUGUGUGCCCCUUAUCCUCUACUUCACCAGGGUAGAGCACCUGGGCUCCCUGUCCUCAGUGCCCUGGGGAUACCUCUGCGGACUGGCAGGGCUGUGGUUGGUGUUCAACAUCCUGGUCCACGUUGGAGUGGUGCUGACUUACCCCAUUUUAAUCUCCAUAGGGACACUUCUCAGUGUACCAGGAAAUGCAGCUGUGGAUGUUUUGAAACACGAGGUGAUCUUCAGUGUGGUGCGCCUGGCAGCCACUUGCAUCAUCUGCCUGGGGUUCCUGCUCCUGCUGCUGCCAGAAGAGUGGGACUCUGUCACGUUGCGUUUCCUCGCCAACAUCGCAGAUAAGAAGUCCGAGGAGCAUGGAGAAGAGCUCACCGAGUCCAGUGUUCAAACCCGAAGCCGCAGUCGGGCAAACGGCACUGUUUCCAUCCCCUUAGCGUGACAGGGCUGCGUUCUCGCAUUAACUACUAGUUGAUGAGUUCUGAAGCGUGGUCCGCUCUCCUUCCUCCACUGCCCACCCCGGAGGUGUGGCUGGAUGCUGAGGCCACAUGGAUACAUCGAUCAAGAAAAAACUGAAGUAUUUUCUUGAGCUUUAUACUGCACUGUGGUGAUCCACCUCCAUCACCCCUCAGAAAGAGAGGGGGAUUGAGACAUUUAUGAACCAUGCAAACCAAAAGGAUUGAAAGUGUUAAUUACUUUCUAAAAAUAUUUGCCAUGCUCCGUCCUGACCCUAGCACGAACCCAAACCAAGAGGUGAUUGGUUUCUCCCGACAUGCUCUGCUCUCUGUAUUCUAUGAAUAUAAAUAUAGGCAGGGCCAGUUUGGCUCAAUCAUAUGUAUUUAUGACAUUUAAUUAAAUCUAUACUAGUAGCGUAUCAAUUUUAAGUCUUACAGAACUCUGUUAAAUAUAACAAUGUUAAAAAGUAAAAACAAUGCGUAAUGUACAGGUUCUUUUUGUUUUAUAAUAAAUGACUGAAAACCCUGGAAAAGCCUUCUC